AUGUCAGCUACUCUGGCUUUGGCUCGACGAAUAUCUCCGGGAAUACCCCAAGUUAUCGCCGAGGAGUUCAAGAGGGGACACGCGUCACGGGUGCGCGAUCGCGAGAAGGAGUUUAAAAAGCAGCAGGAGGACAAGAAAGCCGGGAAGAAACAGCAUCCGGAGGAGGUGGUUGAGAAGAUUAAAAAGACUAUGUGGGUGAAGUUCCGAUUCCUGCCGCCGCCACCCCUUCGAGACGACAUGGGCGGGAUCUCUGUCCAUAGCGUCGAUGUCAGCUACUCUGGCCACCUCUACGCGGCGAUCGACUUCACUCCUCCCCAGUCUGUUUCGGACAUAGCCCAACGACGGCUCCAAGGGGCUGACUUACAACAAGAUCCCGGGAGGUUUGAAGAGUGCGAACCCAAGAGCCGG